AUGGCUGCCGGUGGAGCAGGAUGCGGGGACACGGUGGAGCAAUGCCGGGCCGAGGUGGAGCGCCUGACACGGGAGCUGGCCGAGGCCAACCGCGAGAAGAUCAGGGCGGCGGAGUGCGGGCUAGUGGUUCUGGAGGAGAACCAGACCCUGAAGCAGCAGUACGCCGAGCUGGAGGCCGAGCAGGAGACGUUGAGGCUGGAGCUGGAGCAGCUGCAGGAGGCGUUCGGCCAGGCCUACUCUACCCAGCGUAGGGUGGCAGAAGAUGGGGAGACCAACGAGGAGACGCUGCUGCAGGAGUCUGCCAGCAAGGAGGCCUACUACAUGGGCCGCCUCCUUGAGCUCCAGUCGGCUCUGAAGCAAAGCCGGACCACCUCCUCUAACGCUCAGGCUGACAAUGAACACCUGAGCACAGUGCUGCAGGAGCUGAGGGAGAGCAAUGAGAUGUUGGAGCUUCAGCGCAGCCGGAUGCGAGAGGAGAUCAGGCAGUACAUUCGAGAGGCACGGCUGCUCCAGGACUACACGGAGCUGGAGGAGGAGAACAUCACGCUGCAGAAACUGGUGUCAACACUCAAACAGAAUCAGGUGGAGUAUGAAGGCCUGAAGCAUGAGAUCAAGGUCCUGGAGGAGGAGACGGAGCUCCUAAACAGCCAGUUACAGCAUGCGUUGCGUUUGAAGGACAUAUCAGACGCUCAGCUGGAGGAGUCCCUGGAGUCUCUGAAGAGCGAGCGUGAGCAGAAGAAGCACCUGCGCAGGGAGCUGGUGCACCACCUCAGCAUGUGUGAUGUGGCCUACACAGGAAGUGCCCACCUCACGUUCAGCUCUGCCCCGCCCAGUGGAACCGCCACCCCGACCAAUUUGCUCUCCCCAAACGCAGAAGAUCCAACUAGGUGUAAUGGCCACCUCCAGGGUGGGACCGCAGUGGGAACAGCAGGGUCAUUGCCCAGAGCUAAUGGAGACUGCCGGGUCUCAGGUUGGAAAGCUGAUGGUGCGGUGACGUCUGACCUCUUCAAUGAGAUGAACAUGACAGAGAUUCAGAAGCUCCAGCAGCAGCUGGUGACGGUUGAACGUGAGAAUGUCUCCUUGAUGACAAGUCUGCAGGAGUCCCAGAGUCAGCUUCAACACACCCAGGGGGCCCUGAACGAGCAGCAUGAGAAGUCCCUCCGCCUAAGCAAAAGAGUCACUGUCCUUCGGCGCCUGAAUCGUAGGGCCCGCCUACACCAGGAAGCUCCUGCUUGUGCCGCCUCUCAACUCAACCCCGAGGCCCUGAUGGAGCUGGACAGAGAUGAGGAGGAGGCUGAAGAGGAAAGAGGGAAUGAGGAGGACAGGAGUGAGACACUUAACAAAAGUCAGAUGUUUUCAUACCAGACGCCAGGACUGGAGAUUCUGCAGUGCAAGUACCGUGUGGCCGUGACAGAGGUGGUGGAGCUCAAGGCGGAGGUGAAAACUCUCCGUGAUCGACUGGCUCAGGGUGUAGAGGCAGCAGCAGAGGAGAAGCCAAGGCGAAGCAGUCUCCAGAAGCUGGACAGGCAGGUCAACUCGUUGGAAAAGAGCUGCCGGGAGGGACGUGAGAAGAUUUCUAGUCUGGAGUUGGAGUUGCAGGCAGCUCAGUCCGCAGCCAGUGAAAGUCGGGGUGCGUUGAACGCAGCUCAGGAUGAGUUGGUGAUGCUCAGUGAGGAACUCGCCCAGCUCUACCACCACGUCUGUCUGUGCAACAACGAGACGCCGAACCGUGUCAUGCUGGACUACUACAGACAAGGCAGAGGGCUCCGGGGCCUCAGUGCCAGUCUUAAAGCCAUGUCUGCUGACAACAGCAAAAUUCUCCUCACACCACGCCUAGCCAGGCGGCUGGCCGCUGUCGCUUCAUCUAACCUGACUCCCGGGGAGUCGCGUAGCCCCUCGCAGUCUCCAUCCAAGGAGCCUUUAUCUGAGGAAGGUGGCGGGGAAGAGAAGGAAAAGGAGGGCCUCCUGGAGCCUCCUGAACAGGGCCUGCCACCCUGCACACCUUCAACCCGCUCACCUAGCAUCAGUGCCUCUUCAUCAAGUUCCUCUUCAUCGUCGCCUGCCCUGGAGCCAGCUGGUGAGCUGCGCAGGGAGCCCAUGAACAUCUACAACCUCAACGCCAUCAUCAGAGACCAGGUGAAGCACCUGCAGCGGGCAGUAGACACGUCUCUGCAGCUGUCCAGGCAGAGAGCUGCUGCCAGAGAGCUGGCGCCUCUGCUGGACAAGGACAAGGAGAGCUGCAUGGAGGAGAUCCUGAAGCUCAAGUCUUGCCUCAGCACCAAGAGAGAGCAGAUCGCCACCCUCAGACUGGUACUCAGGGCUAACAAACAGACCGCAGAAGGGGCUCUGACCAACCUGAAGAGUAAGUAUGAGGCGGAGAAGUCCAUGGUGAGGGACACCAUGAUGAGGCUGAGGAACGAGCUGAAGGCCUUGAAGGAAGAUGCCGCCACUUUCUCAUCUCUGCGCUCCAUGUUUGCUAGCAGGUGCGAUGAGUAUGUUACCCAGCUGGAUGACAUGCAGAGGCAGCUGGCUGCGGCCGAGGAUGAGAAGAAGACUUUGAACUCCCUCCUGCGCAUGGCCAUCCAGCAGAAACUGGCCCUCACCCAGCGCCUGGAGGAUUUGGCUUUCGAUCAAGAGCAGACCCACCGAACCCGCGGGGGCCGGCUGCACCGCAUCAAGACCAGCACCCCCAAAGUAAGUCCCUCGGCCUCUUCUUCGGCAUCCAACCUAGCCAAAGGCUCCACUUCAGCUUUGGCCCCUGUCAGCCUUCCCCUUUCCGACCUUCUUAGUUCUACGUCAAUUCUUCGUGAUGACCCCACUCUGCCCCUUAGUCCAUCCAUGGUCAGUGCAGCUCUUGCCUCAGCUCUCACCUCCCCCACAUCCCAUUUACACCUUUGCAGUCCGUCAUCACCAGCGGGCGCCUCAUUGGUAAGCCCUCUAGCACCAGAGAGCCCCCCGUGUCUGGAGGCCCCCUCCUCUCCCUCACCGCGGACCCAGCCCUCAUCCUCUCUGAAGCUGGCUCACUCCCAGUGGACUGUGGGGGUGCGGACGUUUGUGGUUGACUCCCACAGUAUCAGUGUCAACAUCACCCCAAAUCCAUCCCCUAGUCCGGGCCCCUCCAGACACAUCACCCCAGACUCUUUGAGCUCUUCCCCAUCCACCACAACAACCAGGCCCAUCCAAACAGGAUCAGCCCCCUCUUCCCCCUAUCGCUCUCCUGUUUCUGGGCUCAGGCACUCCACAUGGAGCCCCUCACCCCGAACUCGGCCUUUGUCCAGCCUGACGCGCUCUUCUAUCCUCUACACUCCUUCCUCACCCUCCCUUUACUCCUCCUCUCACUCCCCAUCUCACAGCUAUUCCUCUGCCCACUAUGGCUCUUCUUCUUCUUCUGCUUUCACCCCCUCUCGCUCCUACCUCGCCUCUGGCACCUCCUACGGCCACACCACCAACUACACGCCCCUCUACCCAAGACACUACAGUUCUUACCGGCCCCGGCACUAA